UAAUGUUGUGAAUAACAUUAUCAUGCAGUAUUCCUCAUGUACAGUAAAGAUAGUAAGAAAUGAAGGAGAUAACGAUACAAUUAACAGUAAUGACAUGGGUUGUGACGAUGAAAAUAAAAUAAAUAACGAAGAAAGUAUGGAUGAUAGCAUAACGGACGACUGUGACGACAACGAAAGUGAAACGAGCAAAGAAGAAAAAGAUGACGAAGAUAGUUUUACUACCAAAAGCGAUAUGGAUGACAACAAUGAAUAUAUUGAAAAGCAAAUGAGUGAAGAAGAUGAUAUCCCAUUCGACGAUACUGUAUUAUUUCCAGAGUCCAAUUUGACAAUACGAGACAUAAUGAUAAUAGUCGUCACUUUUUCGCUCCGAAUUUAAGCUGUCAGACGUUGCAAAAUC